ACCAUAUAUAUAUAUAUAUAGCCCAUUAUCUCAAAUAGAGUUCUACUGUUCAAACGCCAUCCCUAACCGACCUACCAUGAACAAUCAAAUUUCUCCUUUCUUUCUUCUUCUUCUUCUUCUUCCUCUCUGGGCUUCAUGUGCAGAUAGAAAGGUUUAUAUAGUUCACUUUGGGGAACAACACAAUGGAUAUAAAACAUUGCAUGAAAUAGAAGAAACCCAUGUAUCAUCUUUAUCCUCAAUUAAAGAAACUGAAGAAGAAGCAAGAAACUCCCUUCUCUACAGCUACAAGCAUGGCAUCAAUGGCUUAGCAGCAUUGCUAACUCCUGAGGAAGCCUCCAAGUUGUCUGAAAUGGACGGAGUAGUAUCAGUAUAUGCAAGCAACCCAACAAAAUACUCACUGCAAACUACAAGGUCAUGGGAAUUUGUAGGGUUGGAUGAAGGAGAAGAACCCAAAUGGAAUCAUCAUUUCAAAACAGAAAGGGAAUUGCCAUUAAAGGCUGGAUAUGGCAAAGGAGUGAUUGUCGGAGUCUUGGACAGUGGUGUGUGGCCAGAAUCAAAGAGUUUUAGUGAUGAAGGUAUGGGAACAAUUCCAAAAUUAUGGAAAGGAAUCUGCCAAACUGGACCUGGCUUUAACUCAUCCCAUUGUAACAAGAAAAUAAUUGGAGCUAGAUACUAUGUUAAGGGUUUUGAAACCUACUAUGGUAGACUAAAUGCCACGGAGGAUUUCCGGUCACCUCGUGACGUGGAUGGCCACGGCACUCACACAGCCUCCACAGUUGCUGGUCGUGUAGUCCAUAAUGCUUCAGCUUACGGUGGCUUUGCUGCUGGAACAGCUUCCGGCGGAGCACCAUUAGCCCACCUGGCCAUAUAUAAAGCAUGCUGGGCAAUUCCUAAUCAAGAAAAAGCAAAUGGUAACACAUGUUUUGAAGAAGAUAUGCUAGCAGCGAUAGACGACGCCAUAGCCGAUGGAGUCCAUGUACUGAGCGUUUCUAUUGGCACCACUGAGCCCAUAACUUACGACCAAGAUGGCCUUGCCAUUGGUGCGUUUAGGGCUAUUAAAAAGAAUAUUGUGAUGGCUUGUGCUGCUGGUAAUUCAGGUCCUGCUCCUAGUACUUUGUCAAACCCAGCUCCUUGGAUUAUUACAGUUGGUGCUAGCACUCUGGAUCGUGCUUUUCUUGGUCCUCUUGUGCUUGGAAAUGGCAUUAAAAUUAUGGGGCAAACUGUCACUCCAGGCAAGUUGGACAAAGCACACCCAUUAGUAUAUGCUGGAGAUGUUGCUGCUCAUGGAGUCCUCCGAAAUCAAACCAACCAGUGUCUUCCCAAUUCUCUCUCCCCGAAAAAGGUGAAAGGGAAGAUUGUUUUGUGCAUAAGAGGUGCUGGAACAAGAAUUGAGAAAGGCAUGGAAGUGAGAAGGGCGGGAGGUGCUGGUUUUAUCUUAGGAAAUAGUAAAGCCUAUGGCAAUGAUAUUCCAGCAGAUGCUCAUGUUCUUCCUGCAACUGCACUUGGUUAUAAUGAUGCUCUUAAAGUUCUCAAGUACAUUAGGUCUACCAAGAAUCCAACCGCUAUCAUCGAAAAGGCUCAUACACUAUUACGUCAUACUCCAGCACCUUCUAUGGCUUCAUUCACUAGCAGAGGUCCAAAUACAGUUGAUCCUAAUAUUCUCAAGCCUGACAUCACCGCACCAGGAGUAAAUAUAUUAGCAGCAUGGAGUGGAGGGUCAUCUCCUACAAAACUGUCAAGUGAUCAUCGAAUUGUUGAGUAUAAUAUUGAAUCAGGAACUUCCAUGGCUACUCCUCAUGUUGCUGCUACAGCUGCACUUCUCAAAGCCAUACACCCUACUUGGAGCUCUGCUGCUAUAAGAUCUGCCAUAAUGACCACAGCCUGGACGAAGAACAACGAAGGUAAUCCAAUAACUGAUUCAUUUGGAAAAAUUGCCGAUCCAUUUCAAUUAGGGUCAGGUCACUUCCGGCCCGCAAAAGCAGCAGACCCUGGUCUAGUAUACGAUGCAUCAUUUAAAGACUAUGUUCAAUACCUUUGCGGGUAUGAUCAUGAUGGAACGCACAAAAAAAGAUUUGGGUGUCCAAAAAAACCAGAACCAACCUAUAAUCUCAAUUAUCCAUCAAUAGCAGUUUCCAAAAUUAAAGAAACUGCUGUAAUUAUUAAGAGAAGUGUAACGAAUGUUGGUGAUGAGAAUAGCAUCUAUUUCUUCACUGCCAAACCACCUUUCGGAUUCUCCAUUGAAGCCUCACCAAGUGUUUUGUACUUCGAUCGCAUUGACCAGAAGAAAAGCUUCAACAUAACAGUUAGAGCAAGAAAUUUUGGCAUGGCCAAGAAGAUUUACAAAGAUGAUUAUGCCUUUGGCUGGUAUACUUGGACAGAUAAUUACCAUUAUGUUAGAAGCCCCAUUGCAGUGUCUGUAGGAUAGAUUUGUUUAUUUUUAUUUUGUUCUAGUGUUAAUAUAGGAGCAUAUAGAAUGAUAAUUAUUAAGAUUGUCUCAUUGAAUUCUGAUGAUUUUAUUGUUUUUGUUCAUAGAUUGAGGGAUUUUGGUUGAAUAAAAAUUAACGAAUUAUAUAUA